AUGGACGAGUACGAGGAGGCGGUUCUUUUCACAUUUGCGCUGCUGGAGACACGGUUGGAUCGCCUGGAGUAUGUCUUGGGCGGUCCACACGACACUACCAAGGACAAGCCUAAGGCAAUUCCGGACCGCAUACACAAGAUCGAGCAGUCACUACAGCAGCUAGCCGGCAAGACUGCAUUGCUCGAUGAAGCAAACAACCUGCUGAGCAAGCACAAAGACGUCCUCAAACCACAACACAACAACGACGACGAUGAUGAUGACGACAGCUCCCCACUCGACACCACCCAAAAAGCCGCGUUGGUAGUAGAACGCGCAACAGGCUUCGCAACAACGGCAUCACAGCUCCAAGCUCUCCAAGACCAGCAGAUACCCACCACUGACGGCUUCACCAAGUUGGCUAUUUUGAGACCACGCAUUGCCGAAGCAGAAGACCGUCAGCUACAACAAGCGCUCAAGAUAUCUGAACUGAGGAGAAGGAACGGGUUGUUGAACCAGAGGUACAAGCAGGUCAUGUUUCUUGGCGCGGGAAGAUGUUGGGUCGACUAUAAUGAGAGGCUUACCAAGGCGCUGAGGGCACUUGUGAGGGAGGAGUAUAGACGCAGGCCUGAUAAGGAGGAGGAGGGGGUGACACGCCGUGAAGAGGAAGAAGAAGGAGAAGAAGAAGAAGAGGGCGAGGAGGAUGAAUCAGAGGAUGACGAGCUUUGA